AUGGACCCACACUUCUGCCCCCCUUUCCCUGUGGGCUCCAACUCUGUGGGAGGUCAGGUCGUCGACUUCCGGCUGGUGCUUGAGGGCUCCGUGCCGGCGACUGGGCAGACACUGGUGGCUGCGGGGCUCGAGGAGUCUGUGCUCGUCGUGAAGGGGGACCGCCUCAUCGCCACGGCCUCGCACGACGGUUCCGUGAAGAUCUUCCGGGCGGACACCGGUCAGUGUCUGCAGACGCUCCUGCACGAGGAUGCAGUCUUCUCCGCCAGCUUCUCCCACUCGGCACAGCAGGUCCUGACGACCUCGGGUUGGACGGGACGCAUCUGGAGCCUCAACGGAGACGUCGAGGUGAGUCUCAUCGGGCAUACCGGCGCCGUGGUGUCAGGCAACUUUGCACCCGACGAUCGAUUGGUGGUGACGAGUUCUAGCCACGAUAACACCGGCCGCAUCUGGUGCGCCCAGACUGGGGCUUGUGUGCGGGUGCUGGCGGGCUACGAGCUGGCGGGUGCCGGCUUCACACCCGACGGGACCAUGGUGCUGGCCGCCUGCUCCUGGGAAGACUGCGCCCUCCUUUGGUCCGUGGAGACCGGGGAGCUCGUGAGGACCUUCCAGCCCCACAGCUCCGCGGUCCUGUCGGCCUCCGUGUCCCCCGACGGCUCCACGGUCGCGACGGCCUGCUGGAACGGUGAGCUGCACCUUUGGUGGGCCGACUCCGGCCACUGCCGGGCUUCUCUCACGGGCCCGGAUCAGAAGUCGAAGGUGCACGUGGCCUUCUCUCCGGAUGGCCGCAGCCUCGUCUCGGCCAGCAUCCACCACGUUGCGCAAGUCUGGGAUCUGAGCGGGGCCCUCCGAUUGGAGCUCUCGCACGGGAACUCGGUGACCUCUGCGACCUUCUCUCCGGAUGGGGCCUGGAUCGUCAGCAGCUCCUACGACGGAACCGCCAAGAUCUGGAAUGCUCGGACUGGGGAGCUGGUGCGGACGCUCGAGGGCCACAGGGAUGCCGUGCGCAGCGCCUGCUUCGCACCGGCCGCCUGCGUGGAUGUGACCGCCAAAAGUGAGCCCAAGAAGAUGUUGACCGCUGCUUGCUCCCUCUGUCUUAUUACAGGGUGUUGUGGGGUGAUUCGGUGA